GUUACAGCAGCUCGCUGGGUGAUGAUUUUGCAGAUCUUAUUUGGCCUUUUACACUCUUCCAUGCCUCGAAGAGCAAGUAAUGAAGUAUCCCGGCCGCGGCAGUCCCAGUUAUUAUCACUGACAUGAUAAUGAUACCUAAUUGAACCAAAGAGAUGAAAUCCAUCAGUCGAAUCACGAGUCACGAUUUUGUUUGGGUACAAUUAUUAAUCUACUUUUCACUUUGAGUGAAUAUUGAUUUUAACUGCUAAAAUGUGAAAUGUUUCCUUUUUUGUUGCAGGUGGCAGGGAGUGAUUAUUAUUACCCUGUGGAUUUUGCAGAAAAUAUUUAUAACCCAGAGGCGUGGCAAGGCCGCAUCGUGUCGGGCUGGGAGGCGCGCCCCGGCCAGCACCCGCACCAGGUGUCGCUGCGCAUGAUCACGCUCCUCGGCUCCGUGAGCAGCUGCGGCGGCAGCGUCGUGGCGCGCGAGUGGGUCAUCACGUCGGCGCACUGCACCGCCACGCGAAUCACGAUAGUGGUCCGCGCGGGAGUGACCUCGCUGACUCGGCCCGAGUUCAUCGUGGAGUCGACGCUGUACUACAACUACCCCACCUACGACUCCAGCCGGCCGGGCGUGGUGCAGCCCGACGACAUCGCGCUGGUCAAACUGCCGACGAAGCUGGACUAUAGCAGAAAUCUUCAACCCAUUCGCAUCCAAUCCUCAGCAGAUGCUCACAGGAACUAUGAGGACCUGGUUGUCUACGCGAGUGGUUUCGGCCGGACUUGGACCAACGGGGCAACGACGGAGGUUUUGCGCUGGACGUACCUGCGCGCGGUGUCCAACCCGACGUGCGCACAAUUGUUCGGCUCGAGCAUCAUCACUGCCAACACUUUAUGCGCACGAUACUAUAACGUCACUUCUCAAUCUGUGUGCCAGGGUGACAGCGGUGGUCCGCUGGUGCACGUGGACGCACGAGGAGUGCCGAUCCUCGUCGGAGUGAGCUCCUUCGUGGCCGGCGACCCCUUCGGCUGCCACUCCGGCCUGCCCUCCGGUUUCGCCCGUCCCGGACCCUUCCACAGCUGGUACAAGGAAGUUACUGAAAUUGAUUUUGAAAACUUAGAAGAGGACACUACAACUUCUACAACUACAGUUGCCCCGACCACAGUAACUUUCCCUACCGUAACUAUCCCUACAGUAACCACCCCUAAUAUAACCGUUCCUACAGUAACCGUUCCCACUGUAACCACUCCUAAUAUAACUGUUCCCACAGUAACUGUGCCUACUAUAACAACCCCUAAUAUAACUGUUCCCACAGUAACUAUCCCUACUAUGACAACCCCUAAUAUAACUUUUUCUACAGUAACCGUUCCUACUAUAACCACCCCUAAUAUAACUGUUCCCACAGUAACUGUCCCUACUAUGACAACCCCUAAUAUAACUUUUUCUACAGUAACUGUUCCUACUAUAACCACCCCUAAUACAACUAUUCCUACUCUAACAACCCCCAAUAUAACUUUCUCUACAGUAACUGUUCCAACUUUGACAACCUCUAAUUCCACUUUCCCUAACGUAACUAUUUCUACUAUGACUACACCAUAUUAUACAAUUACCCCUAAUUCCACUUUCACUACCCCUAAUAUUACUGUCUCUACUACUCCUACUCCACCUACCACUACCCCAACUCCGGAGGGUGAUGAUGACGAAGAUGACCCGGAGCUCUCAGAACUGCUCAAGAGGCUAGAAGUGAAAGUUGGAGUCGUGGUCAGACUGACUAAACGUGGAAGGAAUAAUAAUAAUAAGGAAGUGCUUGUAGAAUAAUACCUACAUGCAGGUACCGAUAUACCUACAAUAACCUAACUAGUACCUGUAAUAAAUUGUAUCAUGAAUCAUGAUUCAUGGCUGUA